CUGAUAAGAACAUCAAAUCACUCCAAAUACAGUCUUAUCUAAAGUUAUCUUAUGAAUGURUUGAGUGUUGAGUGUUUUAAUAUUCAUCUAUGCCAUCUAUAGUUCCGCCUAAAUSGCUUCAGCCAAUCAAAGGCCUGUACAGCUGGUUCAUUUGGGCACUGUAUCACCGCGUGUACCAGAUUUGAAUAUAAAGUUUAUAGUGAACUGUCCUCAAGUUGUUUGUUGUAUUUUUGUACAUUUCGACCAUUUUAUCGACUCUGAACAUUAAUGAUGACUCUGAGACUCAGUUUAUUCGUGCUAUUACAGAUUUUAAUGUUAAAAUCKAGUCUUAUUUCGGGAGUCAAAACUCCCUACAAAUUCAACGAUCUAUUGGUCUUCAUGGCGAAGUCCUCAAACACCAUGAACUACCAAGAUAUGCAAGACCUCUUGUCAAAGCUUCACUUUGAAAAUUGCAAUAAGACAGCCAGAAAAAAGGAGUGCAAUCUGUGUUUAUCGGCAAAAGACCUUGGAUUUGAUGCCAAUACUGUCGUGAACGGCACUGAAUUUGCCGGCAAAGCACCAUCGAUUGUUUAUUCACUUAUGCCUGAAAAGAAUGCUGGUCAAUCGAACAAUGAAUGUGACGGGAUCCCUUCGCUACCCACAAAACUGUUCGAGACGUUAGCUCACAAUUUUACCCAYGGYAAAAGUCAACGAAUCACCCAGCACGCGCUAGAACAYAUCCUAGAGAAGGUUAAUCUCACACUGAAGGCUCAUUUACACAAGAAGAAGUGUAUCUCUGCUGAAAGUAUAUUUGAAGAAGUCAAGCAAGCAGAGUCUGGACAUGGACAUGAUGAACAUGGACAUGAGCAUGGAUCUAAUGAAACAGGUCUGGAUGAAGAUGAAUUCCAAACAGCUAGUGCAAUCAUUAUCUUUCGUCUCUUGCAAGGUUAUUGCAUCGCAGGRCAUGGAACACAUUCCUCACUUCCAUCUCCSUCAUUCUUCAUUGGUGAUUUGUACAAGAACAAGAAAUAUCUGUCUGAGGAAGAUCUUGAGAAGAUAACCUCUAAGUUAGGUAUAGGCAAAAAAGCUGCCACUUCAUCAACACCUGCUCCAUCCAGCCAUGAUGGUCACGAYCAUCGUAGAAAGAGAAGAGCUGUUGAAACUACACCAAAGSCAACAACUGCUCCACAUAAUGCAACUUGUUAUUCCCUGGAUUCUCUGAUGACAGUGUUUGACAUUGAUCAUAAAGUUGGAGUCAGUCAAGAUUCCUUUAAGGAGCUGUGUCCAGCUUUGCUACAACAAUUUCAAAGUGGAGUUUGUGCAAGCAAAAAGGCAACAUCGAAAACUGGAAGUUUAGAUUAUGCAAAAAUAUGGGGCUAUGGUUUUCUGUCAGUUACCAUUAUCAGCCUGGUAUCAUUACUAGGUGUAGCCACCAUCCCAUUUGUUGGAAAAUCAAUGUACAAAAAAGUGUUGACAUUGCUAGUAGCUCUUGCAGUUGGGUCGUUGGCAGGCGAUGCUGUGCUUCAUCUUAUUCCUCACGCUUUUGGUCUCCAUGUCCAUGAUGAAGGUGAAAGUCAUUCUCAUAGUGGGCCAAGUCCCUUUAUCUGGAAGGCUCUGUUAGUGCUGGCAUCGAUCUACUUGUUUUAUCUCUUUGAGGUCAUAAUGCACUUUGGACUGAAACAGAAACACACUCAUAGCCACGUAGAUGUCGAG